AUACAUUAAUAUCUAACUCUUCAAUUCUUGCUUUAUGGUUUCAGAUUGUUUGGGUUUAGUUUCCUCUGUCGUUGCGAACAAGAAAUGGAUCGUAUCAGGCAACUUAAUCGUCGUCCAAGUCCGACAACCGGUGGUAGUUCCCCUCCUAAGAAGCGGCCUUGUGCUACUCCGAAUGAUGCUGAUUUCGCUGAUCUGGUGGACCGAAAUGAGGCCAAUGCUAGGGAAGUUUCGAGGGAAGAGUACGAUCAAGCUUUGAAGGAGCGAGAUUUGGCCUUGGACGAGCUUAAAAACUUGAGAGCAGAGCUAAAGGAGGUCGAAAAUUACAGGUCAAGUGCUUCGGCUGAGUUUGAGUUGGGGAAGAAGGAGUGGGAGGCUGAGAAGAAAGCAUUGAAUGAGAGACUUGACAGAGAGUUUAAUAACUUUGCAUCGGAGCUAAAAGAUGUCCUGAAGAAGUUGUGCGACAGAGAGGAUGAGUUGGAGAAGACUUCCCAGGAACUGGAUAGCUACCGAAACAGCUUGGAGUUGGGGAAGAAAGAGUGGGAGGCUGAGAAGAAAGCAUUGAAUGAGAGACUUGACAAAGGGUUUAAUAACUUUGGAGCGCAGCUAAAGGAGGUCAUGAAAAGCUUGUCCAAGAGUGAGGCUGAGUUGCAGAAAACUUCCCAGGAACGAGAUAGCUACCGAAACAGUUUGGAAUUAGGGAAGAAGGAGUGGGAGGAUGAAAAGAUUGCUAUGACUCAGAAACUUGAUCGCGAGCUUAAGAACUUUGGCGCAGAGCUAAAGGAGGUCCGCAAGAACUUGUCCAAGUGCGAGGCUAAGUUAGAGAAGACUUCCCAGGAACGAGAUACCUACAAAAACAGCUUGGAAUUAGUGAAGAAGGAUUGGGAGGAUGAAAAGAAAACUCUGACUCAGAGACUUAAUCACAAGAUCAAUACCUUCGGAGCAGAGCUAAAGGAGGUCCCGAAAAACUUGUCCAAGUGCGAUGAUAAUCGAAACAGCUUGGAAUUAGGGAACAAGGUGUGGGAGGCUGCAAGGAUCAAGAUGGCAAAGAGGAUAUCGAUGGCGUUUAACGAAAAGGAAACUGCCUUGGAAUUAGGGAAAAAUGUUGCUGCAGCUAAGAAGAUAGAAAUGGCGAACAAGGAAAAGAACAAGGGGAAUUGUCCCAGAUCGGAGGCUCCAAAAGCCUCCUAUGCUUCCAAUGCAAUGGUGUCGAAAGAAAAGAAAAAUGCCAAUUGGCCCACAUGGGGGGCUCUAGAAACCUCAUAUGCUUCUAACCCAUUGCAAGAUUUGCAGAUUGGCCAACGGGGUUGA